CGCCCAUACAAGUGUCCUCUCUGCAAGAAGGCCUUCCACAGACUCGAGCACCAGACACGACACAUCCGCACACACACGGGCGAAAAACCCCACCGCUGCACCUUCGAACGGUGUCCGAAGCGCUUCUCGCGGUCCGACGAGUUGACCAGACAUCUCAGGAUCCAC